AUCUAGUUGGUUACUUAAAAAUUGAGAUGACAUAUUUAACUAAAUAAUACAUAAUGGCGUUGAAAUUUCUUAUUCCUAAAAAAUUCUUGUGUCGGUAUUCACUUCGCACUGGUGCCACAGUAUUUGGGAUACUUAUGAGUUGUUUAAUGGUAGUGUGCUCUGUAGGAACAUUAAUUCAGGUUUUGUCCAUGGACAGUUGUUUGACCUGCGACCGGUUUCCCUGGAGAAAUGCUUAUAGUUUCAGUAUAACCGCUGUUCUGUAUUCUCUAAUUAUGCUCGCUGUUAACCUUUGGUUCAUUUGGGGAGUUACGAAGGAAAAAGCGUCUGUGGUGCUAAGCUGGAUUGUAAUUACAGCGACUUGGAUGGUCCAAUCAUUAUGUUUGGUAACCAUACUGCUAUGCAUGUAUAGCAAGGAAGCAAAUUUUUUUUCGUGGUUAUUUAGUACUAUUUUUACUAUGAUUGGCUUUGGGAUACUUUUGUACGGUUUUCUGAUCGGUUACGGAUAUUGGUUAGAGUUAAAGCGCAAACGGAGGAUAUCCGGACCGGAUAUUCGUGAAUAAAUAUUACUUUUCAUUGAAAUAUUGUAUUUAUCCCAGUAUUCUCUCUUAGUUUGGGCUCUGUUUUCGUAUAUUUCACUUAUAUCAAAUACAUCUACAUUAAAUAGGAAACAUCUAGAUCAAUACAAUCGCACGACCAGAAAAAUAAAUGUUUGCAGUGUACUGAAAUUAAAUAAGCUGUUAGAUAAAUGAUAUAAAUUAUUAUCGGUGCCGUUAAAUUUUCUUUCUUAAUUUUACUGUAAGUCAUUAUCUACCAUUUUCGUAAACCUAAACACUUUUGAUUCUUAAAUUAGAUCUCACUUUGAUCCCAAGAAUAGUAAGAAUGAUUGUGUACACAAAUAACAGAAAAUUAUUCAUAAAU